ACUAGCUACUGCUCAAAGCCGUCUAAGAUGCAAAGCAUUUGAGAAUGACAUUGGUGUGGACACUGGUCUAUUUUAGUAAGCCUCUAUCAAGGACAUCAGAAUCUAUAAAUUUGAAGUUUCUUCCCUCUAGUCAUAACAACGUCAUACUUCCAUCUUCUGAGAGGUAAGUAGACUAUUUUCAGGUUAUAGCCAGGGGUUAGUAACAAAUAAACUUAAUAUUAUUAUGUUAGUAUUAGAUAGUAGUUGUUGAGUAUUUAGCUUCUUAAUAAAGAUCUAAAUAUCUCUUUUAGUCUACUUAAUCUUUCAAAGACUCCAUUUUAAACCUAAAAAAAAUUUACUUUUUUAAAAGGGACUAAAACCAAACUCUUUAAAACAGUAAAAGAUUUGUUUACACAGAGCAUUUGAUUUUUAGGAAGUCAAAAAAGUACAUUUUAUACUGUUUUUGUUGAAUAAUAGUGCACCUGUACAUAUAAAUUAUGCAUUGCAUAAAGAAAACUGAAGUAUUCUGUCAUUUGUAAGUCACCAGGAAAAAAACAAAGGCACUAACAUGUCUGAGCCUACGUAAGUAUUUUAUGUACUCAGCAACAGUGUUGGGUGUAAUGCAUUACCAAGUAAUUAAUUACUGUAAUUAAAUGACUUUUUCAUUUAAUAAAGUAAGGGAUUACUUUUUAAUUUAAUUACAGUUACUUAUGAUGUAAUUGUGUUAAAUACUGUAUAUAGAACAAUUCAAUAUAAGACAAUAGUGAAUUUAAAAUCGAAAUUUAAUGUCUAAUGUUAAAAUAUAUGUUUUCUAAUUUAAUGCAGCCCCCUUAAAUAAUUUGGCCAGUUCAUGAAUGAUUUAUUUGAUUUUAUAUGAUUUAUUUGAAAGAAUUAAAAGAACAGUUUCAUGUCUAUCCUUGUAUUUUUUGAGGUUGAUAAGGGUUUUAGAAAGUAAUUAGUAAUAAGUAAUGCAAUUACUUUUCAGACAGCGUAAUUAGUAUAGUAACUAAUGAAGAUGUAAUUAGUAGUUAGUAAUUAAUUACUUUUUUUAGUUACUUACCCAACACUUCUCAGCAACUGUUUAAUAUUUUUAUAUAUUUCAAAGUUAACUUGUUUAUCCCAUUCUCUUAAAUGUGUUUGUCUGUAUGUGCAUACUGUGUGUGUGUAUCGUUUGUGUUAGUCCGAGAAAGCCAAAGAUUACCGCAUCUCGUCGGUUAUUCUUAAAGACCAAAAUACUGAACAAGACCAGCACAUUGCUGGUGGAAGAGAAGGAACAGAAAAAGAUUGAGAGAGAGAGAACACUCAAUGAGAGAGCUCCUCCACUCAAACUGUCUGAACUAUCUAUACAGGACUUACAGAAUCUGUGCAAAGAAGUACAUCAGAAAAUUGAUGUUGUGGAUGAGGAACGAUAUGACACUCAAGCUAAAGUUUCCAAAAGUGAAAAGGAGAUUGCAGAUUUGAACCACAAAAUCUCCGACCUUAAGGGUAAAAUGAAAAGACCUGCCCUGAAGAGAGUGAGGGUGUCUGCUGAUGCCAUGCUUGGUGCCCUGCUCGGUGCCAAACACAAAGAAUCAAUUGACUUCAAGGCAAACCUUAAGACAGUGAAGAAAGAAGAGGAAAAGAAAGAGGAAGUAAAUGACUGGCGUAAAAAUGUGGAUGCUAUGUCAGGCAUGGAGGGCAGGAAGAAGUUGUUUGCAGGACCAAAUGCUCAAUAACAAUCCUAGUUAAAUAGGCCAUUUAAUGCUAUUUAAAUAUAUUCAUGUGUAACUAAUACAUUUAACUGUGGGUAUGUGUUUGUUUUAUUGUUCUGUAUGAGUUGGAUAAAUGAGAAAAAAAAAAUGAUUGAGCGAAGAGAAAGAAAUAUAGUACAGAGCAGCACUAUUGUUGCACAUAUCACAGUUAUAAGUUAAAUUGUUACAUAUGUUACACAUAUAAAACAUUAGUAUAUGAUAAUAUAUGAUUAUUUUAUAAUUUCAUCCUGUCAUUAUAUAGUCAUUUUUAUAUCAUAAUAUUUAUAUGUGAUUGUGUGUAUUUUGAGAAGAAAUAAAGCUAAAUGUUUUCACAA